AUGAAGAUCGACAAAAUCUACGUCUACCCCGUCAAAGCGCUGCGAGCGGCCGAGCUCGAAGAAGUCCAAGUGACAAAACAUGGCUUUCCCCACGACAGGCGAUUCAUGAUGUUGCACGUACAACAAGACGCCAACAACAACAACACCACGACAUACAAGAACAUCGCAGUCGCACAUUAUCCCCAAAGCGUGUUCUUCUUCCCGACCAUCAACUCCGCCGCAGGAAUCCUCACCGUCACCUACAAGCCUCCAAACAGCCUCUCCAAGUCUGUGGACUUUCCUCUGGCGCCACAUACGGAUGAUCUCGAAGUGGUUGAAGUGACGAUGCAUGGCUCUCCGACCCCCGCAUACAAAAUGCCACAGGAAUACAACGACUGGUUUUCAGCUUGCUAUGGAUUCGAUGUGAUUCUCGUCUAUCUCGGUCCUCACUAUCGUCCUGUGCUCAUGUCGACAAGUCCUAAUGUGCUUCGACCAUUCAGCAAGAACGAUGACAAUAAUAAUAAUAAUAGUAGCAAGAGCAAGAGCAACAACGGCUGGCUCUCCUCUCUCACAUCAUCCCUGACUCCUUCCUUCCUCACCGCCGACAGCAGCUCAAAAUCAACAAAAGACGAACAACUCCUCACCUUCAACGACUGCGCUCCCUACCUCAUCGCCUCAACCAAAUCCAUGGAAGACGUAACCUCUCGCCUCCCGGCCUCGGAAGCUUCUCAUCUCGACAUUAUCAAGUUUCGACCCAACAUCAUCAUCUCCGGUGCGUCAGAGGCGUGGGAAGAAGAUUUUUGGUCGCAACUCGCUAUUCAUUCUUCCUCUUCCUCUUCCGCAGCAACGUCAGCGGAUACACCAUCAACGACGACAACGACAUUAAUCGAAUGUAUCCACAACUGCGGAAGAUGUAAAAGUAUCAAUAUUGAUUAUACGACGGGAGCCCCCGGCACGACGGAGAGUGGACAGUUGUUGAAGAAGUUGCAGAGGGAUCGACGAGUGGAUGCGGGAGUCAAGUAUAGUCCCAUUUUUGGACGGUAUGCGUUCUUGCACGAGGGCAGUGAGGGCCAUGUCAUCCGACGGGGUGACGAGGCGGAAGUGAGUAGGAGGAAUGUGGAGAGGACCACUUUUGGUAAGUUCCUUUUUAUUUCCUUUUUUCUUUUCGAUUGGUGCUUUCUUGCUUGUUUUCUCUCGUAUCUAUAA